GGUUCAGCCCCGCUCCGCCGCUGCCCCCUGCCGGCCGCUCCUCCCGGCGUGCUGAGGGCGGGGGAGCACAGUGGCGGCGCUCUAUCUACCUCCGCUCUGUUCUCUAUGGUGCCGCCCCGUGCAUGCGCGGAGCCGCAGACGUUGAUGUCCCGCAAGCAGGCGGCCCGGUCUCGGUCCGGAGGCCCCAAGAAGGCCCGGAGGCCCCGGCAAGCUGCCGGCGGAGCGGCUGCCAAGCCCUCGGAGGGCGGUGGAGGAGGCCUCGCCAGGCAGCUCCGGGCUCUCGGCCUCAAGUUGCGGGAGGUGCCGGGCGAUGGCAACUGUUUGUUUCGUGCCCUGGGUGACCAACUGGAGGGACACUCCCGGAACCACCUCAGGCAUCGCCAGGAGACUGUGGAAUACAUGAUAAAGCGACGAGAGGACUUUGAGCCCUUCGUGGAGGAUGAUGUUCCCUUUGAGAAACAUGUUACCAAUUUGGCAAAGCCUGGUACCUUUGCUGGCAAUGAUGCUAUUGUGGCCUUUGCGAGGAACAAUCAAAUGAACGUGGUUAUUCAUCAGCUGAAUGCACCGUUGUGGCAGAUUCAAGGCACUGACAAAAGCGAUGUGAGGGAACUGCAUAUUGCGUAUCGGCAUGGAGAGCACUAUGACAGUGUGAGGAGAAUCAACGAUGAUUCUGAAUCCCCAGCAUAUCUUCGGAUGGAGAUGCUCCCCAAAAAUGAAUCAAAUAAGGAGGAGGAAACGAAGCAACAGAAGGAUGACUCUGAAGAUGAGACUGAAAUUGAAAUGGAAGCUGCUGUACAGAAAGUGUGCAGUGCAACUGGGUGCUCAGACAUCGAGUUGGUAAGCCAGGUUCUGAAAACGGAAGACUACAACUUAGAGUCUGCAAUAUUCGCCAUCUUUCAAGUGCAGGAAGUAAAAAGAAUCAGUGCUGAGGAGCAGAGUGAUCCCCAGAGCAAUGGUCAGGAACUGUGUGCCUCAGCUCUGUGUGAAGAGAAUGGAAGUGGUUCAGGAAUCUUGGGAAGUCAGAGUUUGCAUCGCCGUGAAACAGAAGAUAAAUUGAAAGGACAGGCUAGAUCUGAUGAAGAGAGUCGAGCUAACAAAAACGUAAAGGUAUUUAAAAAACAAAAGAAGGAACAGCAGCGACUGGAGAAGAAGAAGCGGCAGGAAGAAAGGCACCGGCAGAAGGUUUUGGCCAAUAGGAGUAACUCUGCAGAUAACAGCAAGAAAGAGGUGGACUCAGAUAACCAGAUAACCUUGGUGAAGACCAUGGCAGCUCUAAAUAUAUGACUGAACGUGUUCUAAGCGUUCUGGGCAAGCAGUUGUUGAGUAAUCCUACAGCAACCUGUGCUGAGAGAAGAGCUUUAACCAAAAAGUAGGGACUGCUUUUCAUUAUCUUGGUGGUGAUGAUGAUGAUAAAGGUGAGACAGUUUUCCUCACACAACAACAUCGGAUUUGCUUUGAGAUCUCUUCAAAUGCUUAGAUUUAUUAUAGCAACUUUUUACUGUGGAGAAGAUUUAUUUUACCUUACUGUCAGGGAAAAUGUUAACAAUUCUUAACUCAGGAAUGUGCUGCUUUUUUUCUUUUCUGUUUAAGUUUAAAAAAUAAGGGAAUAGUCCCAGAAUUCUCUUAAAGAAGGGUUAGCCAACACUAUCAAACAUGAGAUUCCUCUUUUCUUUUUCAUCCGAGAGUGGACUCCUGAGGCUGCAGGGCUGAUACAUUUGAUCUGGUGAAGUCUAACAAGGUAGUAAAAUAUGAUACGAGCAGG